CUGCGGCAGGCCACACAGACAACCUGAGACGAAGCUCAAGCCAGAAGCUGUUAUUAUGGCUUCUAAGCUUCCCUCACUUGGACCUAGGCUAGCUCACCGACUUCUGGAGUUUGCUUCUUAUGGUCCAUUCCCCUCUUGCAUGAAUGUAUAUUCCAUUAACAGAGCUCCGGCAAUUAGCAGCUACUGUGCAACUGUCCAGGAUGUGAGGUCAUGUCUCAAGUAACCUAAAAUACACAAAGCAGGAAGGACAGGCCACAGAAUAGAAGCAGGAUGUUAAAGAGGAAAAAAAAAAAAAGGUAAACCCAGAAACUAUUUGCCAUUGGUAAGGGUGAGGCAAAACCCAGGGUGCAGCAUCUGAGCUUGUAUCAUGGUGUCCUAAGCAGAUGGUGACCAAGCAGUAGGGUGCACUAUGAUGCCAAAUUGCUGGCGACUUGGGGGUUCAUUCCUAUUUUAUGUCAGCCUGCCCACAGGCUGGGAUGCAGUGGCGUUCUGAACAUGCCCUUUUGGGGAGCCUGUCCACUGGAGUCAGGGUUCUGAGGAAGGGCACCUCCCUUCUUCAUCAGCUGGGACAGAGUAACCUUCGGUAUCGGCCCCCAGGAGUACUGUGACUGUAGCUAGGAUACUGCCGGAGCAUGAAUAAUUGUGAUGAGGUCUGAAAGAUAAGUCCUGAAGCCAUGCCAGACCGAUUUCUGAAAAGGUGAUUCCUGGUUCCAGUGACUGCCAGAAAAUCCUGAGGUCACCAAAGGUCAAGAUGCCGAGAGCCUCCAGGGAGAGUAAAGGCCUUCAAAGCACAAGGUUGAAUUGCUUCCACGGAAGUCACUGCUACCGAGGAAGUCCCCUCACACAGCACUCACCCUGCCCCACAGAGCCUCUUGCUGUGUGUGUUCUUACACAUCAAUGCUUCCCUUCCUUUCCUCGACUUGCUAGAACAGGUCCUAGUCCUGUCCUUGACAUUGGGGCUUCUGGAAAGCAAUUCUGUCUCUCUGAACUCUAGUCUCGAAUGAAUAACUUUUUUUUUUUUUUUGGUUAAGUGAGAAAAUAAAUCUCACUGUAGGCAAUAUUGAUGUCAGCUGUACAGCUGAAGUAUUCAGAGUGGACAUUUGAGCUUGUUAGACAACUAGGGACAAAGAAAUGAGAGGACAUUAGCAGCUCAGAUAUAUGUAGAGAUCGUUAGCAGACGGCGGCUAUGGUAGAGUCUUGUACCGGAACUCCUGUGAGUGCGUACAUCCCAUCCAUUAUCCAUCCAGGAGUAUUCAUUACCCUUUCACAUUGUUCGACACAGGUUAUAGAAAGUUUAAGGAAAAAAAUAUGCUAGGGACCCUCAGUUACCCACAGUUAGGGAACUGUGAUUAUGGAUAUGUGGAAUUCAGAGGUAAUUGUCAGAUUUCAUAUUUGCCAGUGACAUCCCCGUUCAUCCUAACCAUUGCUCUUUACUCUCUCAUGCUGUGGCCCCUGUAUUUUGCCUCCUGUUUUCCCUGGCUGCCGAGAGUGCAGGAGCCAUAGGAAAUGUGGAAGAGAAGAAAUAAAGGGCCCAAGCAAUUCUCGGAGAUGAUGGAUAGGCUGGCGCAAACCAUAAAUAGCCCAAAGUGAACUCAGUUACUCUGUCUAUUGGCUUGUCCUGUCCCUCUGAGGGAGGGACUGAAGGAAGAGGUUGAGGAAUUGCUGACAAGUCUCUGCCUUGGCAGCUCCUGCCUCCUCUCUUACCUGGAGAAUGGCUUACUCAUGCUGGUGUGGACAGCCAGGCCCAUGCAUCGCUGUGUGACAUACUGUCUCUUCCCUCCAAGAAUGACCAGAGGGAGACCUGGUCCUUCCCACUUCUAAGAUGAGAUACAGACGUCUCCAGUUCUCCUCAGCUUAAGUCAGCAUGGAGACAGGAAGUCAAGUGAGCUGAGGGUAUCAUUUGGGGGUAUUUCUGGAAGGCAAGAGACACGAGGCUAGAAAGUGAGUGAGAAAAGAAAACAAAAACAAAAACAAAACCCAGAAAGAUUCACGGCACUUGCCACAGUGGCCAGCACAUAGUAGGCCCUAGUGAAAGAACACCAACCCAACCUUAUGUGUCCUUGGGGGUUUGAGUUAGGAUGGGAGAGCAUGCUGACUAGUAUUAGGGGUUUCUUACACAAGGAGAAAUAUUGAUCGUGGUUGGGAUGGUGCAUCUCUGGCCGGCUCUGGCUGGGAAGGGACGGUGCUUCACGGGACAUGUCUCCCUGGGCACAUCUUGACGGUGAAGGCCACGCUGACAUCAUUGCCCAGUCUGCAUAAUUGCAUGCUUUGUGGAUAUCAAGAGAAGUUUUGCUUAUGUAGUCAGCAGAAAUUGAACAAAAUAGGACUUUUAAGCCAAUACACUUACUUCUUUGACCUAUGGAAAGUUUGAUCCAGCCAGUUUGGAAAGAAAAUGUUCUGGAGCCAAGGUCUUCUUAGGUGAUGGAUGGAAUGAGCGAGCAGGAAAGAGAGAAACCGACACGAUUAUUGUUUGCAUAUCUGAUCUGCUCCCACACACUGAAUUUUGUGCCAUCUCUGGGCAGACAGACUUCCCUGACGACGUCGGUGCUGCCCAGUGCAGAGCAGAGCGCGACGUACACAGACUUUAUUUAUUUUACUGCCUUUGAAGGGAGCGUGCGCAACGUCUCUGAGGUCUCCGUGGAGUAUUUAUGCUCUCAGCCUUGUGUUGUCAAUUUGGAAGCUGUUGUCUCUUCUGAGUUCAGAAGUGGCAUUCCCGUGUACAAAAAGAGGUGGCGGAACGAGAAACACCUCCACACCAGCAGGACACAAAUAGUGCACGUGAAGUUCCCAAGCAUUAUGGUGUACCGAGACGACUACUUCAUCAGACACCCCAUCUCGGUGUCCACGGUGAUCCUACGAGCCUGGAUUACUCACAGGCACAGCGGUGGGGGCUUGAACGUCCGAGGGGAGGAGAACUUGCUGCAUGCAGUAGCCAAGAAUUACACCCUGCUGCAGACCGUCCCGCCUUUCGAACGGCCUUUCAAAGACCAUCAGGUGUGCCUGGAGUGGAACAUGGACUAUAUUUGGAGCCUCUGGGCCAACAGGAUCCCACAGUGUCCUCUGGAGAGUGAUGCAGUUGCUCUCCUCAGUUUCCCGUAUGCCUCCAGUGGAGAAAACACUGGCAUCGUGAAGAAACUCCCGAGCUUCCGGAACCGAGAGCUGGAGGCCACUCGAAGCCAGCGCGUGGACUACCCCAUGGUUACUGUUUCACUGUGGCUUUAUUUACUCCAUUAUUGCGAGGCCAGUCUCUGUGGAAUUCUGUACUUUGUUGAUGCUAAUGAGAUGUACGGCACACCUUCUGUGUUCCUUACGGAAGAGGGCGGUUUGCACAUUCAAAUGCAUCUUGUCAAAGGAGAGGACCUGGCUGUAAAAACAAAAUUCACCCUCCCUCUGAAGGAGUGGCUCCGACUGGAUAUCUCUUUCAGUGGAGGCCAGAUAGUGGUCACUGCCAGCACUGGAUGGGACUUGAAAAGCUACCAUAAUCAGACCAUUAGCUUCCAGGAAGAUUUCUAUUAUAACGACACAGCUGGAUACUUCAUUAUUGGAGGGAGCAGGUACGUGGCAGGCGUCGAAGGAUUCUUUGGACCCGUGAAAUACUAUCGCCUCCGCAGCCUACACCCAGCACAGAUUCAUAAUCCCUUCCUUCAGAAGGAGCUGGCUGAACAAAUCAAGUUAUAUUACGAGCGGUGUGCUGAGGUCCAAGAAAUCAUAUCUGCGUAUGCUGCAACAGUCCAGGUCGAGGGUGAGAGACGAGAAACAUGUGACGUCUAUAACUCCUACCUGGACCUCAAGCGCAGGUAUGGAAGAGCGGAGGUGUGCAGAGCGUUGCCCUGGGAGAAGGAGCUGAGAGACAGGCACCCCAGCUUGUUCCAGGCACUGCUGCAGAUGGACUUGCGGACUGUGCCGUGGAACCAAAAUGACUCCGUAUUAGAAAUCGGUGGGAGGAUAUUUGAGAAGGCUGUAAAGAGACUCUCCGGCGUUGAUGGCCUUCACCAAAUUAGCUCUGUUGUCCCCUUUCUGAUGGAUUCCAGCUGCUGUGGAUACCAUAAAGCUUCCUACUACCUCACUGUCUUCUAUGAAACUGGAUUAAAUGGACCUCGGGAUCAGCUGCAGGGUAUGCUAUACAGUCUGGUUGGAGGCCAGGGCAGUGAGAGGUUGUCGUCGAUGAAUCUUGGGUACAAACACUACCAGGGGGUUGACAGCUAUCCGCUGGACUGGGAACUGUCCUAUGCCUACUACAGCAACAUUGCUACGAAGACACCCCUUGACCAGCACACUCUGCAGGGGGACCAGGCUUAUGUUGAAACUAUUAGACUCAAAGAUGAUGAAAUACUCAAAGUCCAAACCAAAGAAGAUGGAGAUGUCUUUAUGUGGCUGAAGCACGAAGCCACCCGCGGUAACGCAGCAGCCCAGCAACGGCUGGCCCAGAUGCUAUUCUGGGGACAGCAAGGGGUGGCCAAGAACCCCGAGGCCGCCAUCGAGUGGUACGCUAAGGGGGCCCUGGAGACCGAGGAUCCGGCCCUGAUAUAUGACUACGCCAUCGUGUUAUUCAAGGGUCAAGGAGUUGAAAAGAACAGACGGCUCGCCUUAGAGCUCAUGAAGAAAGCUGCUUCCAAGGGAUUGCAUCAGGCCGUCAAUGGCCUGGGAUGGUAUUACCACAAAUUCAGGAAAAAUUAUGCCAAAGCAGCAAAGUACUGGUUAAAAGCAGAAGAAAUGGGGAACCCAGAUGCAUCAUACAAUCUUGGGGUCCUGUAUUUGGACGGCAUUUUCCCAGGCGUUCCUGGAAGGAAUCUGACGCUGGCUGGUGAAUACUUCCAUAAGGCUGCACAAGGAGGGCACAUCGAAGGGACGCUGUGGUGUUCUCUUUACUAUAUCACGGGCAACCUGGAGACCUUCCCUAGAGAUCCGGAGAAAGCUGUUGUAUGGGCGAAGCACGUGGCAGAGAAAAAUGGAUACUUGGGUCACGUCAUUCGCAAAGGCCUCAACGCCUACCUGGAGGGACUGUGGCACGAAGCUUUGCUGUAUUAUGUUUUAGCAGCAGAAACUGGAAUUGAAGUGUCACAGACAAAUUUAGCACACAUCUGCGAGGAGCGGCCAGACCUGGCUGGGAGAUACUUGGGCGUUAAUUGUGUUUGGCGAUACUAUAAUUUCUCUGUUUUUCAAAUCGAUGCCCCUUCAUUUGCAUAUUUGAAGAUGGGAGACCUUUACUACUAUGGCCACCAAAACCAGUCCCAAGAUCUGGAGCUGUCUGUGCAGAUGUAUGCCCAAGCAGCCCUGGAUGGAGACUCCCAGGGAUUUUUCAACCUAGCUCUGCUGAUAGAGGAAGGUGCUGUCAUUUCACAUCACAUUCUGGAGUUCCUGGAAAUUGACCCAUCACUCCAUCCCAAUAAUGCCUCCAUACUCCGGGAGCUGUAUGAAAGGUGCUGGAGCCUCAGUAACGAGGAGUCCCUUAGCCCCUGCUCCCUGGCCUGGCUUUACCUUCACUUGCGGCUUCUCUGGGGUGCUGUCCUGCACUCUGCCCUGAUCUACUUCCUGGGGACCUUCCUGCUGUCCGUAGCGAUCGCCUGGACGGUGCUUUAUUUCCAGUGUGUCUCAGCCAGUGGCUCUUCUCCAGCACCAGCCUGGGUCAUGGCAGACCCCACCUCAUCUACCCCAAGUCCAGCUGUGCCUCCAGCUGCAGAUGCCUCCGAAGAUGACCCACCCACAAUGGCUAACAACCCCGAGUCUCGUGGGUGAACUGUGCACUCCCAGUCUCUCCAGCUGAGAGACAGUCCUUUCAACAGCUGGUUGGGGAAGGCUAGGGCCAGGGCAUUAUACUGAUAAAUACCUUAAAUGUCUUGUGAACUGGAUGCCGAUUUUGCACUUGGUGUUUUUUUGUUUGUUUUUAAACAAGGACAUAACCAGAGCAGAAUAUAGUUACCAAACAAAUUCAAGAAUCACCUCGAAAAUAGGAGCAUGUGGGGAGGUGAGCUGAGGCAUUGGACUUCCAUUCCUGGUCAUUGUUCUGGGAACCACAGUCUGCCUUGUGGAGCAUCCAUAUUCCCAUCCGUGGAGAGGCAUUUUAAAAAGUCUUAGUCUUUGUUCACCCUCUUUGACCAGGGAACAGGAACUCCUCUCCAAGGCUGAUGAUGCUUCUGCAUCUGCGUUUGCCGCAUCCUGCUCCCCAAAGCCCAACUGACAGAUUGCUCUCUCAGUCCCAAACCCAGCAGUUAGAAGGCGCCUUGAAGCUAACAAAACAGCAUAUACAGGGAAGACAAUAGCAUUGUACAUUGGUUUACAUUCCCCACCCCCGUGGAAUUUUCUAGCGUCGUAGUACUUCCAAAUCAUUUGAUGACAUUAUUGGAUAUCGUUUAUGUUUCCAUCACAACCCAUGCAAUAACAUCUAGAAAACCUUUAGUAUUUAAGUGUAGUCGUCUUCUUCAUGAAUCACCAUUAGAGUAGAGUGGCAGUAAUGGAAUAUGCGGGAAGACAGCCGUUAGCUCAGUUCCAUCAGCAUCCCUCUGCCUGCCUGUGUCUGUAUGGUGUGUGUGUGUGUGUGUGUGUGUGUGUGUGUGUGUGUGUGUGUGUGUGGACAAGGGCAAGGAAGAACAGAGUGUCUGUAUUCUGUUUGCUGCUCCAGUAGUAAAUAAAUCAGUAAUGCAAUACUGUGGGUUCAAACUGCUCUUUGCACUACUUUAUUUACAGUAGUAAAUAAAAUUAUUUUUCUACAGUUGA